CAGCAGCAGCAGCGAGAGAGAGAGAGAGGGAGAGUUUGGUGGUGUGUGUGUGUUUUCUUUUCUUUUUUUUGUCCAAAAGAGUUUCCGUAGUUUAUGAAUUAUUCAUGAGCGCGGAAGACGUCUGAAGGGGGCGGGGUUCUUAUGCAAAUUGUCUCCGCCGUCUGGAGGCGCAAGAGAAAGGGGGGGGCGGCGACGCAAGGCACGCAAGGCACGCCACGCCACGCACAGGAGGCGGGCGGCGGUGUUUGCGGUGCACGGCGGAGCGGAGAGCGUCGUUACUACAGCCAGGAAACUGCGCGGAGCGGCGAACGAAACCGGACCCGCUGAGACCGAACCAGCCGGGAAAACAACUCGAUGCCUUUCUCAGUCGACUGCGCAGGAGAGCAACGGCAGCGUCUGAAACAAUAGAAAAAUGAUCGAGAUGUCCAUGGAGAACGAGAUCUCUGUGGAAGAGAAAGUGGAUUCUGUGCCUCCGGAGGGCCCUCGCGCUGGGGACGCCACGUCACUCGCUGACUGCAGCCCCUCCGCGUCUCACAGGACUAAGCCUGGCGGGGACGGGGUUAACUACGCUGCCCCUUCAAGCGGGGCCAGCCUGGGCCCCAGAUCCAGCAACCCCGAGAGAGGGCCGGCCACACGGGGCUUCUCGGAGGAUCCUGCUAGCGCCGUUUCCGACAGCGUGGCAGUGGAGACGAAAGCACAGGAGCGCAGAGGAGUGGAGGAGGAGCAGCAGAGGGUAGGGCAGCUUCUGAAACCGAAAAACGGGCUCCAGCAGCAGCAGCAGCAGCAUAAUUACAGUUCUAAUUAUAAUCCUAAUCAGGCACAGAAGCAGAACAAAAGGCGGAACAGUGUCAAUAUUGGCUUCAAGCACCCGGGCUGCAAGAGACGGAGGCGGGCGAAUUCGGAGUCCGACCCGGUCCUGCCCACCAACUUCCUCCUGGGGGGCAACAUCUUCGACCCCCUCAAUCUGAACAGCCUGCUGGACGAGGAGGUGAACCGGGCGCUCAACGCGGAGACCCCCAAAUCGUCCCCGCUCCCCCCGAAGAACCGAGAGGAGCCCGUGGAGAUCCUGAUCCCCAAAGACAUCACGGACCCGCUCAACCUGAACUGCGGGAGCGAUGCCGGCAUCCUGGUGUCCCCCGUGAAGGGGGGGGGAGGGAGAAAGAGGCACAGGCACAGGCAUCACGGAGGAGGAGGAGGAGGGGGGGCAGGGGUACCCCCCCAAACCCAAACCCAGACCCAGACCCAAUCGUCGGGCAGCUUGGCACCCGAACAACAAGCCGACACUGCGGGCGACAAAGCGAGACGGACACCCCCGGUGGCAGCGGUCGAGGGAUCCGCGAUCGCUUCUCUUAAUCACCCUCUUCAUAAUCUUCCCCCUCCUCCUCCUCCUUCCAGCGUUUCUGACUCUCUCCUGUGUCGAAGGAGCAGGAGGAAGGGAGCGAGUGCUUCCGCCCCUCCCUCCUCCUCCUCCUCCUCCUCCUCACCCCCCUCUGCAAGGCCAGUUCAGCAGGGGGGCCCUGGGGCAACGGCGAUGACGAAACCCACGUUGCAGCCGCAUCCUCUUUCCCCUUCUCCGAGGGCGUCUCUCGGUUCUGCCCCGGCCGCUGCUGGCUCCUCCUCUCCACCUUCCUCGGGGGUCCCGGAGCCUUACGAGCUGAACACCUCCAUCAACUGCAGGGACGAGGUGGUGCCACCCCUCCUGCCCGCCGCUGCCUCCGCCCCGUCUGCCGGCGCUGCUAAUAAUCAUCGUCGUUCUUCUGCUGAGAAAAACAAGCCCUCGUCGCAGCCUCCCAAUUCUCACUCCUCGAGCUGCGGUCCCUCGUCUCGCUCUCGUAAGAGACGCAGGGUCUCGAGCAGCAAGCCUGAAACUGUAGGGAGUGGAGGGGGGGAGAGGGAGAAGAAGCUCACCCCGGAAAAGGGGAAGGCUGGAGACGGAGGAGGAGGAGGAGGAGGAGGAGGAGGAGGAGGAGGGACGACUGUGAAAAAGCAACUGGUCGCCAACAAGAAGAAACCGGGUUCCAAACACAAACAGCGCAAGUUCCAGUACGGCAACUACAACAAAUACUAUGGCUACCGCAACCCGGGCUUGGCCUCGGACCCGCGGGCCGGGGUUCUGAAGCCCGAGUGGUUCCGGGGGAAGGCCGUGCUGGACCUGGGCUGCAACGCGGGUCACCUGACCCUUGCCAUCGCCAGGGACUGCGGCCCCGCCCGCAUCGUGGGCGUCGACAUCGACGGAGGGCUGAUCCACUGCGCCAGGCAGAACAUCCGGCACUACCUGUCAGAGCAGGCUGCUGGCGGAGGCCCCCCCGGGAGGCGCUUCCCGGACUCGCUGGCUGUCUGCCACGGCCCCAUCGCGGCGCCCCCUGUCUGCGGGGAGCGGCCCGGCGCCACGGGGGAGUUUCCUGACAACGUCUCCUUCCUGCAGUGUAACUAUGUUCUGCAGCAGGACGAUCUGCUCCUUACUCAGAAGCCAGAGUAUGAUGUCAUUCUCUGCCUCAGCGUGUCCAAGUGGGUUCACCUGAACUGGGGGGACGACGGGCUGAAGCGCCUCUUCAAGCGCGUCUACCGCCACCUGCAGCCAGGGGGUGUCUUCAUCCUGGAGCCCCAGCCCUGGACGUCCUACGGGAAGAGGAAGAAGCUCACAGAAACGAUUUACAGCAAUUACUACAGCAUCCGCCUGAAGCCAGAGCAGUUCUCCUCGUACCUAGUCUCUCCAGAGGUGGGGUUCAGCAGCUACGAGCUCCUGGGGACCCCCGACAGCGCCCCCAAAGGGUUUCAGCGUCCGAUCUAUCUGUAUCACAAGGGACUGGCAUCCGUGGAGAAGUGAGGGAGCUCUUGGAUCCUCCACGCCGCUGCUCCUGUCUGUUUCUUUAUCUUUUUUAUUUUAAAAGUAAGAACAUUUCAGAAUGACAGUUAAGAAAAACAAGAGGGAGUUUGGGAGGAAAAAAGGAAGAAAAAAAAAAAUCCAACACCUGGCAUUUUUGGACUUCAAAAUAAUUUUUCUCUCUCUCUCUGCACUGCCCCCUCUUUCUCUCCCUGCCUCUCUCCAUCCUUCUCUCUGCACUCCCCCUCU